AUUCUUGACAGUUCUCAAAAUAUGCCCAAUCUACAGGUACAAGCCAAACAAUCUUUCAAUUAAUUUAAAGGUUAAGGUCCUAAAAAUAUUUAUUACACAUUUUUUUGGGGACUUCGUGUCAAUUUUCAGUUGAUUUCACUGGUUUGAUUUCCGUCAAAAUAUCUUAUUGCAUUGGAUUCAAUUGAUUGAAUAAAGCAAUGCAACAUUUGGCCGAUUUUCAAAGGGGAGAUUUUCUAGGGUAAUCUGGCUUCUAUUUAGAUGUUGGACAUGAAGAAAAUCCAGAAAACUCCACGUGGUCAGCCCAUUGUGAACUCACGUGUUCAGUAGUGUUUGUCACUCAACCACUGUGGCUCUUGACAGGAAGUGUAAAUUACAAUUUCAACUGUGAUUAAACAUAAAUGGAUUUCAAGUUGUGAAUUAAAGCGUCAUUCGAAAUAAUGAACAAGUAAUAAAGGCAAUUGUAACAAUAAUAAUACUUAGACAAGACAGACGAACAAAAUGAAGGUUUUCAAAAAAGAAGAGUUUGAAUCGUUUUUUGAUAACGUAAAGCAGCAACUGACCAGUAAAGAGGAUGCAUUAGUUCUUAUUAUACACUAUUUCAUCAUUUCUAAAGGUGUACACUUCGUAGGGAUUGGAGAAGAUUGGUCAACAACUUCUAGUAAAAUCGAAAAUUACAAAUUACCCGAAAACUGGAACUCAAAUCAAAAUCAAUACACCUUCAGAUACACGAAUGACAAUGAUUAUCGUUUCUUGUUACAAGUAAUGAAGAGCGAGAAUUUCGAAUAUCUUUACAUUUAUUGGAUAAGUCCUGACGCCCCCAUUUCGUGGUCCACUUUCUUAAUGGUAGAUGAUUAUAUUGAGGAGAACUGGGAAACGUUUUCGUCUACAUACAAGGGUGAUUUAGAUAAUCUUGCAACAAUUCUAGAACGUACGAUAACAAUUAACAUUCCCGAAACUCCAGAGAUAUCCGCGAAUGUGGCAAAAGUGACAAAAGAAGUUCCAUUUAAAGCUGAAGAAAUAAAAAAUGAAAGACCUUUGUUAUUUACCAAAAUGAUGGACACUCAAGAAAUUAUAGAAAAACCGCAACUAGAAAGAUCCUCUGCUAUGAAGCAAUCUGAAAUCGUUUUAUCAAAGACUGAAACAAAAACACCUGUAAAGAACUCUUUUAAAUCAGGACUUCAAUGCACUCAAGGGUCUUCUAAAACGAAACCAAAAGAAUCACAGAAUAUCAAGUCUGAAGCGGGGGCAAAAGAAACCAUUAAAAGAAGGAAAAAAGUUACUAAUUAAUAGAUAGCACGGAAUCGAUACUUUUUAUUGUUAAGCAAAAUUUU